UUUACCCUUUGCGCUACACAAAUGGAGACGCGGAAAUAGUGAAAACCGUUUCCACCCCAGUCCUCUACUCCUCGUCGACCACAUCGAUAGUCUGCCAGCCCCGAUGGAAAACCGCCGCGGUAGCCGCCCGAUUCCACACGAAAACCUCGCCCAUCUCUGCCGGUAGCCGCCGCCCAGCGGCCGCUGUGGAUGACUUCCGGUUUCUCGGCCGACUCCUCCCAGCUUCCCGCCGGUUUCCUCCUCUCCGACCUCGCCGACCAGAUCUGCCGCCUGGGGGAGCUCGGCACCAAGGAGGAAACCGUCGACCUCGACCGCUUGAUGCCUGGAGAGAGUAUUAGAACUGAGGUAGCUGGUGCUGCAUCAACUGGAGGCGUCUCCAUGGCAUCACCUUCAUCUUCUUCGAAACCACUGGAUCCUGCUUGGGUUCAUGCAAAAGUGGAUGCUGCUUCAAGAAAUGCCAUUAUAUGUCUUCAUUGUGGCAAAAAGAUUGGCGGUGGCGGUAUUACUCGCUUUAAACAUCAUCUUGCUGGAAUUCCUGGGCAAGUUGAAUCUUGCAAGAAGGUGCCUGCUGAUGUGAAACGUCAGAUAAUACAGCAAAUUGAUGAGAAGUGGAAAAGUGAAGAGAGAAGGUAUGAAAUUAGAGAGAUCCGCGUUUCAAGUAUCGAAGAUUCUUCGCAUGAUAUUUUAUCAACUGAGGGAGGCUCUGAAAGCCAAUUUAGACCAUCUAGGAAGCGAAGAACAGGGUACUUUCCUCCGCAAGCUGCUGCAGGUUCAGAGCCUAGCAGCGGUGCAUUUAUGGCUUCAGAAGACAUGGUUCAACAUGGCAUGGAUGGUGCAGAAGCUCCAAAUGAUCUGCUACACGAAGCAAAAAUUGCUAUGGCUAGAUGGUGGUACGACGCAAAUGUACCCUUCAGUGCGGCUAAAUCUCCUUUCUAUCAGCCUAUGCUAGAAGCCAUAGUAUCUGCUGGGCUGAGCUUCAAGGGACCAUCUUAUCAUGACCUACGUAAGCCACUAUUGCAACAUAUUGCUGAAGACAUUCAUGAAUAUCUUAAUGAUCUUAAGAGAGAAUGGAGUGUUCGUGGUUGCUCAAUUAUUGCUGACAGACAAAAGGACAAUGGAGAGGGUUCCAUAAUCAAUUUUCUUGUAUACUGUCCAUGUGGUACUAUGUUUUUGAAGUCCAUAGAUACCUCAACAGAGAGGGAAGAUUUACUUGAGAUAUUUGAUCAGGUUAUUAGAGAAGUUGGACCUAAAAACAUCGUUCAGUUUAUUACUGAUAUAGAUCCAAGAUAUAAGGCUUCUGUUAAGGUUCUUGAGGAAAGAUAUGGCACGUUUGUUUGGUCUCCAUGUGCGGCACAUUGCAUUGAUUUAAUGUUGGAGAAUUUUGCAGAUCCUAGAUAUUUUCCUAAGAUAGAUGAAACUUUAGGUAAAGCCAGAAAGAUAACAAAGUUUAUAUACAAUCAUGCUUGGGCUUUGUCUUUAAUGAGGACAGAAUUCACAAAUGGUAGAGAUCUGUGUCGUCCUUCCAUCUCGAGAUUUGCUACUCACUUUCUUAGUCUCCAAUGCAUUGUUAAAUUUGAAAAAGAGCUCCACCAAAUGGUUACCAGCAACAAAUGGGUGAAAUCAACUUAUGCUAAAGGUGGUGUUGGAAAAGAUGUCACAGCUAUUAUUUGGAAAGAUGUUGACUUUUGGGCCCAGUGCAAACAUGUUGUUAAGGUCACUGAGCCAUUGUUGCGCGUCCUGCGCUUGGUGGAUAGUAAUGAAAACCCUUCCAUGGGCUAUCUUUAUGAUGCAAUGGAAAAGGCAAAGGAGUCAAUAAGGGCAAGGAUGAUGCACAAGGCUUGUCUGUAUGGACCAUAUGUUCGAGUGAUCGAUGCGAGGAUGGAGAAGCAGCUUCAUAGUCCGUUGCAUGGAGCAGGAUGCUUCUUCAAUCCUGGUAUUUACUUUAGCCCCUCUUUUAAGAUGCAAAGCUAUGCAUUUAGGGGGCUUAUGAAGACAAUAGCUAGUUUAGUCCCUGAUGUUGAGGUCCAAGAUAAGAUAUUUCUCCAGCUUGAGGAGUACAAGAAAUCAACAGGUGACUUUGGCCUUCCAAUUGCAGUUCGUCAAAGACAGAAACUUAAUCCAGUUGCAUGGUGGGACAACUUCGGUAAUGGAACCCUAGAGCUCCAAAGUCUUGCAGUCCGAGUCCUCAGCCAAUGUUGUAGUGCAACAGGGUGUGAAAGGAAUUGGGAUAUCUUCAAUUAUCUCCAUUCCAUGAAGCUAAGCAGGCUUGAACGUUCAAGGUUACAUGAUAUAGUAUUUGUUCGUUACAAUCUGAAGCUUCGAGAAAGGAACAAGCUUAAGGACACCAUCGAUCCCAUCAGCCUGGACAACAUCAAUGUUUUGGAUGAAUGGGUCAGCGAACAUCCUAGCCUUCUCUGCAGAGAUGACCUGAACUGGGAGAGCGUGGACGCACCAUUUGCCGAACCGACUUCUGACGAUGAAGAGCUCAUUGCUGUUGACAACGACGAGGAUGCCUCAGUGGCAGCACUUUCCUGGUCGGCAGCAGAUGAUUUGUACUGCCCACAACCAGAUCAAGACCCCUACCUAUAUGUCACCCAAGAUGGUGAACCUUAGCUUGUAGUAUCAUUUUACCCAAGUUGAAUGUACCAUAACAUCAAGGCAUCAACAUCAAAAGACAUAUCAGACUGCAGAACUUCCUACUGAACACAGAUGGUUGGGUUGUUUCUGGCUGGUUCGCUUGGGAUCUAAAACAGUUUUGAUGCCAUUCCCUUUUUGCAGCAUGUAGCAUUUAUAAAGCAACUUUGACCUUGAUGUCAACGUUUCA